AGUCCUCUGACACUAGCAUCCUGAAACAUCGGGUUUGGCACAACGCAGGCGCAGAACAGACUCAUUUUGGCGCUUUAGUCUGUUGCAGACUUGUCCAGCUAAGGCAAACGACAGACAAUUUUAAGAGAAACAGAAAGCAUUAGCGAGAAUCGACGGUUCCCAAGGCGUCACUACUCAACUGUUACUAGCCAUGAAGACACUACAGAAAACCAUUUAUACUAACGUAUUCAUAUUUGUUUUCAUCGGCAUCGCUCAAGGGGCUACUCUGAUUGACUUCGACAACGUCUUUCAUAGAAAUUUGGCCAAUGUUAAAAGACAAGGCGAUCACGAUCGUUGCCAUCCCACUCGUCCAUUCCGCUGUCCUGGAGAUGAAACGAUUUGUAUUUCUAUCCAGUAUCUGUGUGACGGAGCCCCAGACUGUCCAGAUGGCUAUGACGAAGAUCACCGCCUGUGUACUGCAGCAAAGCGACCUCCCGUGGAAGAAACUGCAAACUUUCUGCAAACUCUUCUGGCAAAUCACGGGCCAAAUUACCUCGAGAAAUUGUUUGGAGCCAAGGCACGAGACGCACUUGAACCACUUGGAGGGAUUCAGAAAGUUGCCAUUGCCCUGUCAGAAAGCGAGACCCUGGAAGACUUUGGAAAAGCCUUGCACCUGAUGAGGACGGACCUUGACCAUCUGAGGAAUGUCUUCAUGGCUGUUGAAACUGAUGACAUGGGCAUGCUCAAAUCCCUGGGCAUUCGCGACUCUGAGCUCGCUGACGUAAAGUUUUUUCUCGACAAGCUCGUCAGCACAGGUUUCAUGGAGUAACCAUUAGCUUUGCAUGCGCUUUCGUCAAAUUAUUGGUGUAACUUGUCCUCCUGCGCUGUCUGGUCAAUAAGUUUAAUACUCACAUACAUUUUGUAGCAUUAUUGUUCUAGGCACCUUGACAAUAUGUUAUAUUAGUGCAAUUUAGAACUCUUUUAUCAUACAUAAUUUUCUGGAUAUUUUAAAAUGUGUAUAUUUUUUGUAGUUGUACAGAAAUAUUUGCGCUAGAAAAUAUGCAGACAUAGAUGCACAUACACGUGUAUUUACAACUUUGUCAUUUACGUAGUCAGUUUUUAUUAUUUAAUUUUGAGAAAUAAAUAUUUUUACGCUUUGAGAAAAUUCAAACAAAAACUACUCUGAAUAAAUUUUUGUGCGUAUAUUUACGAAAUUAAUUACAUAUUUUCGCAAAACGAAGAAAUGAGAAAAAUUCAGACUUUUCCCUUCUCAAAUCUUUACAAAGUUUUCGAAGUAAAAGAAGAAUCUUUAAAUGACACACUUAGAUCUGAGCUAAAACAAACAUAAUGCACGAAGCAGAUUUCCUACACUCGACCUAAUUCCUAGAAUUUCUAUUUGUUCUUCUAUAUUUCAAAUGUCUAGUAAUCACUUAAACGUUUACAAAUAACCACAUCAACAGGAAGUAGUGCAUAAUUUAUAGCCUAAACAACGAUAUUGUAGACACGGCACAACGCAGGAGGACAACAUUAUUGUGUUUAUUAAUAAUUACACAUAACUGUUUAAUUAAUAAGUGAUAUUAUUAUGGAAGAUCAAACACCCGCUUUAAGCAUUAAAAAUAAAGAUACCAGCUAAAGGGUUUAGUUUGAUCAUAGUGCAACUGCACAUAUUUUCCUUAACAUUUAGUAUUUUAUGUAGUUUUUGGGCAGCUGAACGUUUGUGCGUUCUCUUUUGGCUGAUGUAAGUUUUGGUAAUGUGCAUGUGCAUUACUUGACUCCGAAUUAAAUUUUAAAACCAG